UAAUCAAAAAUGGAGAUUAAUUACUCUCUUGACACUGUCUUCGAAAGGUAACAUCUUUAGUCUACCUCAGAAUCUCCGGAUACCUAAAACAAUCUUGGGAUGAUAUUUUCCUGACCCAGAAUUUAGAAACUUGAAGAAAAUAACUCCUAAUAAGAGUAGAAAAGGAGUAAACCAGGGGCAUAUUUUACAGUACAUUCAUCAAGAUAUAGAGAUGUGCAACCAGUAUCAGAUCAGAUGAGAUGAUAUAUGCUCAGCUAAGAAGAGUCUUAGUUUAAGCAGCUUCAAAACUCUUCUAGCUGUAAGAAAUCCAAGCAAAGCGGAAGAAGGGAUUGUGAAAACUAUACUCAUUUUAGUAGAAACUUAUGGGAAGCCUUUGAAAGUAGCAACAUACACCUGGACAUGUAUUGUUGCUGCUCUAAGUUGUAAGCUGUCUAAGGUUUACUCAAUGAUCAUGAAAAUGCAAAUUCUUAUGGAGAAAAGUCCAUUAGGAGACAAGGAAUUUCAACAAAUACAAAGUCAUAUUGAAUGUAUACCUGGUGUCAAAUACACAAUAAAUGAUGAGAAAACAAUAAAGGUCUACAAAUACAUUCACAGCCUUUACCUUUUUGCAAAAUUUCUUUGUAAAGUAAUUGAUAAAGUCUACUCUCCUAUUGAUCCAAGCUUCUUUGAAGCAACAACCACAAGCACACAAAUAAUUUCUAAAGCAAUGCAUAAGAAUACUUCACCAGAAUGAGAAGGCUCCAGAAGUAAUAAAACUAUUGAUCUCAAGAUUUCUCCAGAUAUUCAGUCACAAACAAUUAUUAACCUUAUUGAUGAACAAGAAUCAGAGAAGAAACAGGAGACUGAAGGAACUAAAAUAACAUCCGAGAAAUGAAUUGACAAAAAGUUAUCUUUGUUCUAUCCCAAAGCUACUUUGCCUUCUAGAGAGUUUAAUCAAGAAGAGUAUGAUAGAAAAUUCUCCAGCACUCUCAAGCGUAUAAAUUUUGAAUCUAAGCAUACUAAAAAGCAAGGAAAUAUUGCUAAAAAGCCUAAUGAAUUUUAUCCUAAGCUUCCUCAACCUCUUGACCUCGAUUGAGUUUCUCAUGAAAUUUCCAAAGCUCGUUCUUCUCUUGCCACUCUUCAGAAGAUGAAGGCUGAUCUCAAUUCAUCUUCUACCAAGAAACUAGAGAAUUUUCAAAAGAGCUCUUCAGUAGAUUGGACAAAGGUUAAGAAAAUAUUACAAAAAGUACCCACUGAGAUACUGCUAAAAAUCUCUGCCCCAAAAUAAUGUUUGCAGAGUGACCCAAGCAUGUUCUGUGCCUACAGCCAAGCUCUUGCUUAGUAAGCAGCAGUACCAAAUCGUACAGGCUCCUGUAGAGGGCACAAAAAUUCAUAAUGGAGAUGACACAGGAGUUAGUAAAUCAAACUAUAAAGACCUAACACAGGAACACGAGAAGAAAUAUAAGAGAACAAAAGACCAGAAGACGGAAGAUAGUGUCAGAGAGGAUACUUAUGGAGAUGUCCAUUCUUUGUGUCAUAAAUAUGUCUUCAGCAAACUCAAGAGCCAACAGAGAGACUUUAUAACACUGUUGUAUGAUAAAUAAGAUCUUCUCAAAGUUUAUCUGCAUGAUUGAAUUGGAGCUCACUGAAAGAGAUAAGAAAAAUAAGGUUAAGGAGUUUAGGAAAUUUUAAAACCCACUAAUCAGAGAAUACGAUAUGCAUAUUUAGUCACUAAAUAAGAAAGCU